AUGAGGGGCAGACAUAAGGACACGUGGAUUUUGCCCUUGCUCUUAGCUGGCUUAAUUCAGCCAAAUCUGGGACAGGAACAACAGAAGGUAAGAUAUUGCAGUACCAUUCAGUGGGGGCUCAAAGAGGAAGAUAACCUGGGAUCUGACAGCUCUUGUAUCCUGGUUUGAAACCAGGCAGUAUCGGACAGCAGGGUUUGGUGAGGACAAGCAACAGCUGCCUAGUGAUUUAUAUAACAUAAUACUCUCUGCACCAUCAAGCACCCCUUAUGAAUCUGCAGCCAGUGGGAACCAACCUGAUCUGGCCUGCGUAGGGACCAGAGAUUCCAUACCACAAAAUUAUGAGCAGAAUGGCAGAUCCCAGUUUAUAUUCAACUCCUCUCCCACAAUGCCUUUGAAACUGUGUCUCUAGAUCAAGGUAUGUAUUUGAGCCUAUAUUGUUGUGGGCAUUGUCAGAGGACAAAGGGAGUGCUUCUUUUAGCCGUGUAAACUCGCUGCUUCUUAUCAAGUGGUGAAAGGAAUGGAGCGCAUUUUAUGAUCAGCCUGUCCCUGCGCUGUCCCCCUUCUUCCCAGGCAUGGGAGCUGGCAGGCUGUUUCUCUGUCUUGCUCAGCUAGUUUCUGAACAGAAAUUUCACGUUUUCCAGGAUGAUUAUAUCAGUGUGAUCUUGUGAAUUUUGACCUGGAUGCUGCUGGGCAAGCGCUUUACACGAUAAGACACCUCCACGGAGGCUGAUCCUAUCAGCGACUACUAGUUACGACGGCUAUAUCUGAUGUCCAGUAUCAGAGGCAGCAUGCGUCUGAAUGCCAGUUGCUGAGGGACAUGAACAGGAGAGGGCUAUGGAGGUUCACGUUCCAAUUGUGGCAUUCCCAAAGGCAGCAGGCUGCCCACCACGAAAACAGAAUGCUGGACUAGAUGGGCCAGAGGUGCAUAAACCUAGGGGCCUGCCUUAUACUGAGUUCGACCACUGGUCCAUCUAGUUCAGCAUUGUCUACUCUGACUGGCAGCAGAUCUCCAGAAUUUCAAAUGCGGUUGUGUGUGUGUAUUCCCAACCUGGUCAGAUGGGUGGGGUACAAAUAAUAAAAUUAUUUUAUUCUACCUGGAGAUGCCAGGGAUUGAACCAGAGACCUUCUUCAUGGUACAGCAGGUGUUCUGCCACAGAGCCAUGGUCCUUUGUCCAAUCCAGCAGGGUCCUUCUUACAUCCUUAGGUUCUUGCCAGGAAUGCUAUAAAUACCCAUUUGUCUUAUUGUGAACCUCAGAAGAUCAACCUCACAGGAUAGCCGCGAUGAUAAAUGACACUAUGGUUGCAAAGGACCCAAUGUGAAUCUCAUCCCCCAACUCCUAACUGAUAUCUGAAUCCCUCCUAGGGCAGGAGAGGAACCCGGAGAUAUAGUGCUGCAGGUCAGGCGGAUCCUCUGUAGCACGGAACUUUAAUCUCGAGCAGGGAAAGGGGGAGCUGCUGUCUAAAGCACAGGAGAUGGAUGCGACUUGUGCACCAAUGUCAUCAGUCCAAAGAACAAGGUUAGGCAAGAUAGGAUAGGUCCCAUGUGACUUGUUUACUCCCAGGGCUAUCUGCACAGGCAGAUAGUGUGGCAGAGAUGUGAGAGAAACCUCAGUGACAUCUUAUUAUGAAUAAGAAAGCCACAUAUAAUCUGCCUAAAAAGGGGAAGCACAAUAGCCACUUUGUUGCUGGUCCAUAUAAAGCAGUUUCUGCUCAUACCUGCACCGACGCACAAGACCAACUUGUAUGGGUCACAGAAAGAUGGAGGGGAAGCAUUACCUAAGUGCAAAAACAAGUGUUGUGAAAAUAUUAAAUCACCAUUCCUAGCUCAGCUGGUAGAGCAUGAGACUCUUAAUCUCAGGGUUGUGGUUUCAAGCCCUGUAAGCAAAAUAUUCCAGCAUUGCAGGGGGUUGGACUAGAUGACCCUCGGGACCCCUUCCAACUCCAUGAUUAUAUGUUUCCAUUUCUCUCCAGAACAGCAGCUGUGAGGCGAGGUGGGGAGACUUUGGCCCUCCAGAUGUUGCUGGACUACAUCUCCCAUCAACCCCGGCCAGCGCGGCCAGUAUCAAGGCCAAUGGAAGUUGCAGUCCAUCAGCAACUGCAGGGCCAAAGUUGCCUCAUGCUUGCUGUACAAGAUGCCCAUUGGGGCCCAUGCCAAGCAUACUUGCUAGGAGACAGGCUGCAUUGGAUUCAGUGUGGCUUCUGGCAGAGCAAACACAUUGGAUGGUGCUGCAGAGGUACAAAGUCGUUGUCACUUUUAUUAUGGGAAGGAAAGAGAAGGGUUUCCAAACCUGUUGCUCCCAGUCACAAAUACAGUACAUCUAGCCUAGGUAGACUGUUCCUGUCCUGUUCCCGUUACAGCAAUCUACUGUGCAGACUGAUGGGAUUUGCAAUCCACAGCAUUUGAUGGAGAAACGGCUUGCCAAAUGCUUCCAUAUACCCCUGCCCUCUCAAGGCUAUCUUUAAAAGCCAAGGAAAUGACAGUGCUUCUCCAAGCUUUUCAUUCCUGUGGUCUGUAUUUCAGCUGUUUACAAUGGUUGAAAUGUUUGUCCAUCUUUUGUGGGUUCGCUGGCCAAUGCUAUUUUUACCCUUGUACCUUCUACCGCUACUUAAUAACUGGUCUCAGAAACUGACUCCUCUUGUUCUUUGUCUUCGUAUUUUUUGUGUGACGUGCCUUUGGUUUGUUUAGAGCCAAAAGACGUACACAAGUGUUAAUCCCCCUCCACAGUUAACAUUCCCCUUCCUAUCCCACGGCUGUAAUCCAGGACUUGACUUGGAACAAAACUUCGAAUGGGAACAAAUCUGGGUUGGCCUGCAGUCAAGGGGACCCGUCUCUGUCAUCCAGCACCUGUGCCUGCAAAGUGGAAAAGCAAAACAGCUUUAGCAGUGCUUGAUCUGUGGCUUCUGAUGCAAAUAGAUUUCCUCUCUCCUGCAGUGAACCAGAAGUUCAGAGCAAAUGAAGCGUACCGAUCAGAGCCUAGUAACCAUGUGUUUCUAGGUGACCAUCAAGAGAUAAGUGGUGGGGGCAGUUCUUCAGUCACCAAUUAUAAACUGCUCUGCCAUAGGACGUUGCUUUAUAUCGGUACAACCUGUACUGAUUGGAGCAGGAGUGCCAGCUUGGGUGCCCAGAGCUGUGGCUGUCAUGCAGUGUGCCUGGCCCUGGCCCUGAAAUUUGUGGGUGCCUGGCCCCUUCAUGGGAACUUUUGUGGGUGCUUGGGCACCCAGGGCCCCAGGAAGUUGGCAUGUAUGACUGGCAGCACAGCUCUCGAGAGUUUCAGCCCAGGAUUUUACCCAGCCCUACUCAGAGAUGCCAGGAAGUGAGCCCAGGACCUGCAAAACAGGUGUUCUACCACUAAACUUUAGCUCUUCCCUUCUUCACCACUGAGGAUGGAAUAUAUUUUCAGCGCCCAGCACCAGAAGGGUGUGCCCACCCUACUGUAUUUAUUUCAUCUUUCAUUAUACACUUCCUCUAAAUACAUUCAUAGGUUUGUCAACACCUCUGCUUGGAAGAUGCUCCUGUGCCUUUUUGCCAGCUCUGAAGAAGGGGGGAGUUCAGCAGGGAUGGCUUCUCUUAUCACUACAUCAGACACACUGGGCAUUUGCACCCGAGCCAUUGUGCAUUCGCUGAGCUUGGGAAGGGGCAGACACAGGCAGACUCUCUUCCAUGCACAGGGGAAAUCUGGGCCAGCCCUGAUGUUCCCGAGUCCCUGCAGACAGAGGUGCUGUUGUCAGCCCUGCAGUGUUUUGUAUUGUAGAGCUAAGCUGGAAGUCACUGAAGAGCUCACUGUCACCCAUUUAGACUGUGUGGGAUGACUGGUUCUCAUACUACUCUAGAGGUAGGGAAUGUUUGGCCAAUAAGGUGUUUGAAGAGUUUGCAAGGUUGAUGUAAAAUCGUAGGAAUCUUAAGUGGGCCCUGGCAGACACAGAGGGUAAACCAACCUCCACCCUCAAGAAGGCUGCUGGGGUUCCUUGAGGAAGGCCUAGAAUCUUCUUGAGAUAGUAGUUUUGCAAAAUUUCAAGCCGUUCCAACAGCCUCUGGUUCCACCCCCAGAGUUCUAUCCCAUAUAACAUCUGGGGAAUAGCUUUCCCAACGAAAGCUCUUAAUGCCGGGAUCACCAAUUGUCCUCCCCUGGUAUGGAAGAAACUAAGCAAAACACCAAUUGUUCUUCGUGUUAGGAUGGUUACAGCCUUAAAGUGGGCUAGCCAGCUAGAUGUAGCCUGGAAUGUAACACCCAGAUAUUUAAAAAAGGGCACUGUUCAAUCACUUGUUCAUCUAAAGACCAUCUAAAGGUGUGGCGAGCUCUAGUAAACACCACAAUUUUUGUUUUAUCAUGGUUUAUCUUUAGUGAAUUAUGGGAACAGUAGGCUGCGAUCCCCUCCAGCAUGCUGCGUAAGCCUCUUCGGGUGAGUGCCAUUAAAACCAUGUCAUCGGCAUAUAGCAAAAUAUUCAGGCGUUUACCUUCAAGGGCUGGAGCCGAUGACUUGUACUUUGCCAUGUACUGGACAAUGUCGUUUAUAUAAAAGUUGAAAAGAAAUGGGGCUAGCAGGCAUCCCUGUUUGACCCCUUUCCCCAAUGGCAGUGGGUCCGUAAGAGUUCCCGAUGGCCCAGUUCUGAUUUUGACUGUAAUGUCUGUAUGUAACUCUCUGAGAAUUUUUAAAAGUCGUCUGUCAAUGUCCGUUUCAUAUAAUUUUUCCAUAGUCUAUCUCUACAGAUUGAGUCGAAGGCAGAUGUCAAGUCUACGAAGGCCGCAAAGAGUCUGCUCUUAUACGCUUUUGCAUAUUUAGCUACCAGGGUCUGUAGUACCAUACAGUGACCUAUCGUAUUGUGGCCCUUUCUAAAUCCUGCCUGUUCCUGGUUGAACAGGUUAGAAUGGUCCGCCCAAUCUACCAGCUUGUUUAAUAGGUACCGGGUAUAAAGUUUGUAUGCGAUGUCCAGAAGGCUUAUAGGGCGGUAGUUUGCUGGAUCUUGAAUGUCUCCCUUCUUAUAGAUAGGGACUACCACACUUAGUUUCCAAUUUGCUGGGAUUUUACAUGUGUUGUUCAUUGCCGUAAAAAGUUUGGCCAAAAGAUGGCCCACCAUUGGGCAUUUAAUUUAAAAACCUCAGGGGGGAUCAUGUCCUCGCCAGGAGCUUUGCCAUUUUUUAAAGUUUUAAUUAGCUGUAGGCACUCUGAUUCCGUAACAGGAUCCCAACUAACUAGAUGCUCAUUCUUCAAUGGGAGGAGCGGACUCAAAUUAGCAGUAUUUGAGAGUGUGUAUAGCUUGAGAAAGUGUUGAUACCACACAUCGGAUGGAAUACUGCUGUUUACAAUUUUUCCUUUGGAUGAGACUCCCUGUGCUACUAUUGCCCAGAAUUUUCUAUCGUCUCGCGAUUUAAUCGCCUUAUCAAGUGCCUCCCAUUGUUUCUUCCUGUAAAGGGAUUUCUUGAGUUUUAAGGUGUAUUUAUAGUGAGAGCGCCAUCUGUGGAAAUUUACCAUAGAUGACAAAGUCCUCUCCUGUUUUACCUUAUUUUGUUGUUUCCUAAGCAGGGAUCUUAGCUUCCGGCAGUCUUUGUCAAACCAGGCCCCCGAUUUGUUAUGUUGUAUGGGAGGCCUGGUGUUUAUAAGGAAUGGGAAAAGGGACUCUGAGACCCGCUGAUAUAGUGAAAAAGGAUCAAAGUUAGGUAAAGGACACUGGUCUCUCAGAACCAAUAGAUCUGGAGAGUGCAGGUGUUGAUUAAUUUUAAGCUCCAGCUCGCUGUUCCAUUUACGCCUGCGUGGGGGAGGGGCUGCACAAUGUAGAUGUUGUAAUCCCCCUGAUUCAAGGGGAGUUAGUGAGAUUGCUCUAGGAAGAUGGUCGCUCUCAGUUCUAUUAAAAGUGCUGAGACCCUGUACCCUCUCCAAAAUUGUUGGAGAGACCAGGAUAUGGUCAAUCACACUUGCACCACGAGGGCCGAUAAAAGAGAAGAAACCUCCUGACCUGUCCAUGUAAGUACCAUGCAGGUUGUACAGAUUAUGCUUAAAAGCAAUCUCCAGUAAUGUAAUACCUGCCUUGUUCAAGACCUUUUCAUCAGAACUCCAAGGGAUAAGCCAGUCUGCCUCUGGUAGAAACUGGGUUUUGGAGCCAUACGAAUUGAUGUCGCUGCCUAUCCUGGCAUUAAAGUCACCUGCCAGCAGGAUGUUCCAGUCAGGGAAUUCUAUUUUGGCCUUCUCCAAGCAUGACUCCAAAUCUUCCCAGAUUUGUACUGUCUGAGAGGAAGUACACACGGGGGAUAUAGACGUUGAAACAUAGAAGAUCUCCUCCUGUGUUAUUGGAGAUAAGUAAAAUCUGAAAAUUGUUGUUCUUCAUCCACUGCAGUUGUCGCACCCUGUACCCUUGCUCUAUAGGAAUAAAAGUGACCAAACCGCCGCUAGGUCGGCCACGGUUAUUUAGUUUUUCGCAGGGGUAGCAAAAGCCGCAUAGCCCUGUAAGUAAGGGGGAUGAGAGUCUAGGCACCAGGUCUCUUGUAGACAAAUAAUCUGGAAUUUUGAGAGAAAAUCCAGAAAAUCAGCAGCGCCCUGCUUAGACAGCCAGCCCGCCACAUUCCACGAUAAGAUGUGAAAAUAUGGUGGUGAGGGGAACAAAGGUAGACUUCUCCGUUUGUUCUUUAGGAUGAUGGAAUGAAUGUUUUUAUAGAGGUGGAGUGAGCUGUUGGUAUCCUUUGUGGUAGGUACUAACCUAGUGAGUUUUGUUUCACUGGCGUGGUGUCCCCUCGCUGUAUCUGUCUUUCAAUCCUCCACCUGAAUGCCAUCUAAGGAUCCUGAGGCAUCCACAAAGAUUGAACCGUUCCUACUCAUCGGCAUGGCAAGGUCUACCUGGUGUGUUGUUGUUUGAGGUGUUAAGGGUUGUGUGGGAGAACCCACUUCUUCGGGGGACAGGAACCGGCACUGCGUCCAGUCUUCGUUGGAUAAGGGCUUUGUUGUGUUAGUAGCAAAAUUAAAUUCCAAAGGAGCAGAAAAACCUUGGCGGAAUAAGGAUUUUUUAAUGGUUUGUAACCUAGCUAUUAACGCAUCCUGGGACUGUUGAAUUUGCUCAAGGGAGGCUAGAAAGAGCAUCUCCUUUUCAUUUAAGAUAUCUUUUUUGGGUUCAUUGGAAGGGAGUAAAGUUUUUUGGAGCUUAGCCUUCUGUUUGGAAAUUUUGACUGCCUCCGGUUGACCUUGUUUGCAGUUUUCAGAAGCCAUUUCCAAUUCUGUGCGCAGACUAGUCGGCUUACGUGUUCCUAAGAGGGAUGGUGGAACGCCGGACUCUUCAAAAAGGCGGGUCACCAACAGGCCAGCCCUCUGGAGCCUGUCCCUCUUGUCCAUGAUUUGUUUAGUUACCGACCAGUCCUUAAAGGUCACCACAACUCUGUUUUGGGCCAUAUCAAAAGGAAGAAAUUUAACGCUGACAAUAUUUCCUGCUGGUAUAAGGCCUCUGAUGACUAAGUCAAUUUUCUUAAGUAAAUAAAUUCUCUGUUGUGCAAGCGUGGAAAGGCCUCCAUGCUUGAAGAGCUCACUGUCACCCAUUUAGACUGUGUGGGAUGACUGGUUCUCAUACUACUCUAGAGGUAGGGAAUCUUUGGCCACUUCAGGCUGCAUUCUCUUCUGGGCAAUUUGCCAGAGGCCACAUGCCAGAGGAGAGCAGGGCAAGAGCCCAAAGUGGGAGGGACAACCAAUAUAAUCUUUGCACAGUAGGCUGCAUUCUGCACAUGCUCACACACACCCCUCUAGCCAGGCAAUCGAGAGUUGUUUUCAGAAUUCUAGGGCACAGUUUAGCCAGGCAGAAACACUCCAGGAUAAGGCGAAGCAAGACCAGUAGAGUCCCGAAGGCUGGGUAAAAAGACCUGCAUGGAACAUUUGGCCUGAGGUCCCCCUCCCCUGUUGUGGUCCAAUCUCCUUCCAUAGUAUGGGCAUCCGGGUACACUUGUGGAAAUGUAUAUGAGCUGUCAAAGCAGCUCUUAGAAAAGCCCUGGUGCAGAUCUGCAUUCCAGAGUAUCUUCUUUCACCUCCUUAUCCUUCUUCAGGUAGAGUCUCUCUUGUUUCCCUCCAGGUGGACUGCUACAACACGAAAGCAGGAACAAUCUACGACUAUGGGGCUCUCACCAUAAACGGUGAUGAGUACAUCCCUUUCCAGCAGUACUCGGGGAGGAUGGUCCUCUUUGUCAAUGUGGCCACCUACUGAGGACUCACAAUGCAGUACCUUGGUAAGAUUCUCAGCUAGGAAGAGAAGCCUAGCUAGCAGCACAUGCCCUAGUGGUGGAUACUUUCGAUAAGAGGCACUAGACUUCCAGCAAUGUCAGAAGCUGAGAGAGCCUGUCUCUUAAGCCCAGAAGCAUGAAGACUAGCUAAGAUUAUUUGGUAGGGAUGGAAAUAAUCUGUUCUGUGAUACUUUCCUCUUUAUUAUUGUGUCACGUGCAGCAGAUGAGAUCUGGCCUAAGCACAGGUUCCGAGGCUCAACCCAGGCAUAUCUACACUUAGGCAGAUUUGCCUUUCCCUUGGGAGAUUCAGGACAGAUAAAUUACUCCUUCAGCGCAUCAUUAAUUUAUGCAGCGAUUGCUACCAACCUGGAUGCUUUAAAAGAGGAUCGGGCAAAUUCAUAGAGGAGAAGGCUAUCAGUAGCUACUAGUCAUGAUGGCGGUGUUCUGUCUUGAUGGUCAGCAGUGAUACUGCCUGCUGAAUACUAGUUGCCAGAAGCAUCAGGAGGGGAGAGUGUUAUUGUGCAUUGGUCCUGCUUUCUCAGUUCUACGGGUAUCUGGUUGGCGACUGUGAGAACAGCAUGGUGGACCAAAUGGACCAUUCUUGGAGGUUCAUCUCCACAACGCAAUGUUCAGAGAUGCCACGCUGCCUCUUGUUGACUUUAGGAUGGCUCCGUCACAUAAGUAUGCUUUGAGCCAAGUAUUUUAUUGAGCUAAGUCCUGCAGGUGACUUCUAGAGGGAUAGCCAAUAGUAUUAAUUCUUUUGGCACCUUAAAUGGUAACCAUUUUUAUUGUGGCAUAAGCUGUCACCAUCAGAAGUGUGAUCCUCAAAUGGCAGGUAUUUGGGGUACAGGUUGUAGCUGAAAUUGCAGCGGAAUGCAGGGACUGUGGCAAUUCAAUUAGAGUCUGAAUUGGGAUUUUGCUCUGUUGGUGAUUAUGUUGCAGAACUGAAUGCACUACAGAAUGAGCUGCGAAAUCAUGGACUGGUUGUCCUAGGUUUCCCAUGCAAUCAAUUUGGAAAACAAGAACCUGGCACAAACGCAGAAAUCCUUCCAGGACUGAGGUGAGUACACCUACUGCAUGACUUGAUGGUUAUACCAGGUAACUCUACACUGCACAACAGGCUAAUUUAGAAAGCCUCUUGUCUUUAAUGCUUACAGUUGCUCACUAUCUCCUUCUCCUGUGGCUCUACCAUGUACCCCAGAGCAGACUCACAUGCAUGUACAGUGGUACCUCUGGUUACAUACGCUUCAGGUUACAUACACUUCAGGUUACAGACUCCGCUAACCCAGAAAUAGUACCUCAGGUUAAGAACUUUGCUUCAGGAUGAGAAAAGAAAUCGUGCUCCGGCAGCGCGGCAGCUGUAGGAGGCCCCAAUAGCUAAAGUGGUGCUUCAGGUUAAGAAUAGUUUCAGGUUAAGAACGGACCUCCAGAACGAAUUAAGUACUUAACCCGAGGUACCACUGUAUUGCUAAUUUUCACUUCUCUUCUCCUUCUGGCAAGAAGGUGGGGUAGGCAACACUCUUUAAUCUCUAGGGAACUUACCUACACUUCCUUGGAAAUAGUGAUUGCGUGGGAGCAGGGAAUGGAAAGGAUAUUUAUGGCUGGGCAGCAGGGACUGUGCCUAAUAGAUUCUGAGGAGGGGCCAGGAGGCUGUCCUCUGAACAGAGUAGAAACUUUUCCUUGUUGUAGCCUCUCUGCAAAAGAGCUGGUUAAACUUGCUCCUUCUGUUCCAGAUACGUCAGGCCUGGAGGAGGUUUUGUCCCAAAUUUCCAGCUCUUUCAGAAAGGAGAUGUGAAUGGGGAUAAAGAACAGAGAAUCUACACCUUCUUGAAGGUUUGUAUCGGCUCCUUUGAACCUCUACCACGUCUCAUCCUGGCUCAUUAAGGGAAAUAGCUUGGAGCUAAGGAUUCCGCAAACAGAACUCUGCUCCGAUGAUGCUCCCACUGACAGAAGGGGGUGGGGGCAAUUUCUAAUCAAUUUAUUCCUUUCCCCUUGUGCCCCCACUAAAUCUUCUCCAACGGUUGACCACUGUGAGAACAAGGACACUGAAUUGCCUUUGGCCUGAUUCAGCAGGGUUCUUAUAAUCAGGACUGGGGUCUCCUAUAAAAGAGCUUAAGAGAUGGAGCAGGGGUCCAUAAGGGGAAAUCAGUGAGACGUGCCUCCCUUUCUCUCCCUCUUCUGCCAGUGUGGGUAUCCAAUGGACACAGGUCCCUCCCAUAAAUAGAUCAUGGCCCUCCCAUUAAUGGAAAUGUAACUCGGGACCCAAGAAAGUAAGUUCUCUUUAAGCAAAUGCCAGGGGUGAGGCUGCCAAGAAAAUUACAAGUUUUUAGAUAGGCAAGCACCUAUGUGGAACGUGGCAGAGAGAAAAAAGCAGCUGGGAGGGGGAGAAAUUUUAAGCAGAAAAGCAGCUGGUGAGGAGAGGUUAAGCACCUUCUUCCCUCCUGAAUGGUAUUCAUUUAAUAACAAAACAGGUUGCAGCAUCAUUAUCCACUUGCGGAUAGGGUAGUUUGGCCCUUUAUUAGGCUCAAAAGUCACUGUCAGGAAGUACCGUAUUUUUCGCUCUAUAAGACGCACUAGACCACAAGAUGCACCUAGUUUUUGGAGGAGGAAAACAAGAAAAAAAUAUUCUGAAUCUCAGAAGCCAGAACAGCAAGAGGGAUCGCUGCACAGUGAAAGCAGCAAUCCCUCUUGCUCUUCUGGCUUCUGGGAUAGCUGUGCAGCCUGCAUUCGCUCCAUAAGACGCACACACAUUUCCCCUUACUUUUUAGGAGGGAAAAAGUGAGUCUUAUAGAGCAAAAAAUAUAGUACAUUUCAGACUCCUCUCUUCCUGUUCACAGUUGCCUACAUCUCCCCUACACCACUAUGACGAAAUGCAAUGACGAAAAGCUUGUUUUUAUACUUCUUAAAGCACCUUCUCUCAAAUGGUCUCCAUUUCUAACAACAGCAAAGUAAAUAAUGCUUUUCUUUCUCUCUCUGGUAGAACUCCUGCCCGCCUCCUUUAGAAAGCUUUGGUGACCCCAAGAAACUUUUUUGGGAACCGCUGAAGGUCCACGAUAUCAAGUGGAACUUUGAGAAGUUUUUGGUUGGUCCAGACGGGAAGCCUGUGAUGAGGUGGGCACACAGGACCAACAUUGGCACUGUGAAGAGCGACAUCCUGAAAUACAUGAGGGAGCAGCAGAACCUGUCAAUGGGCUAG